AUGGCUGCAGUCGGAAUGGUCGAAGUCGUCGAGAAGCCGAUUGCUGCGAAAGAACAAGAGAAGAAGGUGGAAAGAGAUCGAUUACCAGCUGUGAACGAUGAAAUUCAAGCAGACGAUAGAAAGUAUAAGUUAAAACAGAAACUAGGAGAUGGCGGUUAUGGUAUCGUCUUCCUCAGUGAAGAUGGUGAA